AAUAAAAAUUGACAAGCCACCGAAAGCUUCGCCGUCUCCAAAAACUGCGAAACGAGAGAGAAGCGAAGGAAGAGCGGAGGAUGGGAGCCGAUCAGAGAUCUACGACUGAGUCAGCGGUUCCGUGGUGGAGGAACGAGGAGGAGGAGAAGGUGGUAGAGGAGGAAGCCGGAUGGAAGUGCUGGAAACACCCGCUGCAGCCCCACUACGGCGUCUGCCCCGCUUGCCUCCGCGAUCGCCUCCUCCGUCUCUGCCCCGAUUGCGCCAGCGUCCGACCCUGCGGCUGCUUCCCCUCCCCCUCCUCCUCGGCCUCAUCCUCCUCUCCCUCCUCCGCCGAGCUGGCCGGACCCGGCGGGGUGGGCCGCGGCACGGGUGUGGGGGCGGUGGGGCCCAUGUCGCGGCUCAUCGACAGCGAGCCAUCGUUCCGGAGGUCCCAGUCGGUGGGGUUUCCGCUACUCCGGUCGACGUCGGUGUCGGCACCCCUCGUGGACGACGUAGCGGCGGCGCCGAGAUCGCGGGGUAGCGGCAAAGGGUGGACGCCGUUCUUGCUAUUCUCGAAGGCGGCGAGGAAGAAGGAUUCGGCGGGGUCGGAGCUGUACAGGUCGAGGUCGGUGGCAGCGGGCCGAGCCCAGGCCGCAGGCUGCGGCGACGAGGAGGAGGGAAAGGGGAAGGGAGGGCGGCGAUGGUACUUUCCGAGCCCGAUGAAGGUUCUCCGGCACUGGAAGUCGGCGACGAAGGUGGUGCAGGAGCGGUCGCCGCUGUGGCGCGGGUGAGAAUCUGUGCACGCGACAAAAAAGAAAGAUGUCCGGAGGAGGAGAUCGUGCGCUUGCAUGAGCGUGGAUGUAUUAGCAUUAGCAUUGGUAUUGUUAUUGUUACACUCGUCGACGCUGCUGCAAUAUAUUAUAUGCCUUGGAAACCAACCUCGCAAGUGGAGGUGAUUAAGAUCGAUAUGCCUUGUGAGAUUUCUCGUUUAUAUCUCCAAUUUUCGAGCUGUGAUGAACCGAGGUCCGUCGUAAAGUCUUCAAUGAUGCGAUCGGAUGCGGGCCGCAGGGUGAGAGAAAGUAGAGAACGGAGAAGGAGACUUUUCGAGGGGUGGCACGUGCAGGGGCAGCCGUCCGUGCACGUGCAGACGUCGUUUCCUCCUUUUGAAUCUCAUGUUCUUCCUACUGUGCUGAUCAUGUAAUCGGAUUGGGUGGUCGACGUUGUUUCUCCUC